AUGCCCAUGGCCGCCCCUCGGGGUGGGUUAUCUCGGCCCGCAGACCUAUCUGUCGGCCGCAGCAGGGCCAUGGGCUGGCGGGUGACAGCGCAAGCCGGGGGGAUGCUGCUGGCUCUUCUCGGGUGGGUGUCCUCCUGCGUCACCACCUUCGUGCCGCUCUGGAAGAGCCUCAACCUGGACCUGAACGAGCUGGAGGUCUGGACUAUGGGGCUGUGGCAGGUUUGCAUCGCCCAGGAGGAGGGAGCCGUGGAGUGCCGGUCCCACGGCUCCUUCCUAGCGCUGCCCCCCGAGCUACGCGUCUCCCGGCUCCUGAUGUGCCUCUCCAACGGGCUGGGGCUGCUGGGCUGCCUCCUGGCCGCCCCAGGGCUAGAGGCCUGGACGGCCUGCGAGGACAGACCGUGGCUGAAGCGGCGGCUCCUGCUCGCCGGUGGAGCAGCGUUGGGCACGGCGGGCAUAGCCACCCUAGUGCCGGUCUCCUGGGUCGCCUACAACACCGUCCUCGACUUCUGGGACGACACCGUCCCCGACAUCGUCCCCCGGUGGGAAUUUGGGGAGGCCACCUUCCUGGGGUGGUUCGCCGGAGCCUUCUUGGCUGCCGGUGGGCUGCUCCUUGCCUGCAGUGCCCGCUCCAUGGGGACGGCAUCCCCGCCGGCCCCCGCCAGCCGCCAGACCCCCUCCAGGCGGGGACCAGGCGGGGGCCACACCCCGCACCCCAAAAACGCAGACCUGGUUAUCUAGGGACUCGGGGCACCG